AUGGUGGCGCUGCACAAGGCGGUGCAACUGGCAACGAAAGUCGCCAGCCCAAGGGUGAACCUGUGCAGCGACUCCAGAUCGGCCUUGGAUGACAUAGUGAGCGGUCGCUCCCCCAGUCCCCUCGUUGUGCAAAUUAGAGAGACCCUUGGGAGCCUCUCCAACCACAAGGAGGUGAGGCUCUACUGGAUUAAAGCACACGUGGGUCACGAGGGGAAUGAGAGAGCCGACCAGCUCGCUAAGGAGGCCGCACAUGACAAGAAGAGAAAACCCGACUAUGACAGAUGUCCAGUCUCAAAAAUAAAAAGACUUUUGAGAACCGACUCGAUUCGGCGGUGGGAGGAGGAAUAUGGAGGUGGAACAACGGCUUCCACCACCAGGUUCUUCCUUCCAACCGUCGCAUCUGCCCUUAAGGCAAUGAGAGAGGUGAGGCUGGCGGCGAACUAA